ACUCACUUGCUGCAUUGCACUUUGCUCGGACGUAGUAUCGCCCAGUAAAAAUCCAAUUAAAUCGUUUAUUUAUUGGAUCUUUAACCGUUUAGUACAAAGUCAACGUGACAAUAAUACGAAUAUGUGCACCUAGUAGCCAGUGAAUUUAAGUUUUCAUUCAUCGUUCCUCGGCGAUACUACGCAAAAGUUGUGACCCCAAAAAAACUGCUACUGGCUGCCUGUCUGUCCUCGAACAUACACUUUCACUACUAACAACAUACACACACAAGCCUACUUAGCAACAAUUGUGCAAUAUUGACAAAAACUUAAGAUGGCUACACAGGAAAAGGAUAAGGUUAUUCGGGUUGGUUCACGCAAAAGCGAGUUGGCGCUCAUUCAAACUAAACAUGUCAUUGGACGAUUGCAGAAACUUUAUCCCAAGCAGAAGUUCGAGAUACAUACCAUGUCAACCUUUGGGGAUCGAGUGCUGAACGUUUCACUGCCCAAGAUUGGUGAGAAGAGUCUAUUUACCCGAGAUCUGGAGGAUGCUUUGCGCAAUGGUGGCGUUGAUUUUGUCGUCCACUCGCUCAAGGAUUUGCCAACGGCGCUGCCCACGGGCAUGGCUGUCGGUGCGGUACUGGAGCGUGAGGAUGCCCGGGAUGCGCUGGUGCUGCGCGAGAAUCUAAAGGGUCACACAAUAGCCAACCUGCCUAAGGGCAGUGUUAUUGGCACCUCCUCGCUGCGACGCACAGCACAAAUUCGUCGGCAGUAUCCCGAUUUGAUUGUGUGCGACAUACGUGGGAAUUUGAAUACACGUCUGGCCAAACUGGAUGCCAAGGACUCCAAGUUUGCAGGCAUUAUACUCGCUCAGGCUGGUCUGGUGCGCAUGGGCUGGAUGGCGCGCAUCAGCCAGGUGCUAGAACCCACCGAUCUGCUCUAUGCUGUUGGACAGGGCGCACUCGCCGUGGAGUGUCGUGCCAACGAUAACCAGGUGCUGGGCAUGCUGCAGAAGCUGAUGUGCCUGAAUACCACGUGUCGCAUUCUGGCCGAGCGCAGCUUCUUGAAGACGCUCGGCGGCGGCUGUUCGGCGCCAGUUGCAGUGUGGAGCAAUCUGAAUGGCGAACCAAGCAGCAUCAACCGGGAGCAGUUGCUGCAGCAGCAGCAGCAAGAAGUUGGCUUGUCGCUCACAGGCGCGGUUUGGAGUCUGGAUGGUGCUAUUGAAAUACGCGAACAUUUAGAUUGUGCCCUCAAUGAUUGCGAUGUGGAUGUGCAGAGACGCAAGCGUGCCGCAAAUGAGCAGCCAAAGCAGCUGGAGCAGCAGCUGACGAAUGGCAAUCAAGAUAACAGCAACAGCUGCGAUUCACCGCCUGCAAUGAAGCGCGCCAGGAAUGGCAACAGUUCACCCGGCAAUGCCAAUGGCACUGGCUCGGGUUCGAGUUCGGGCUCCGAUUCUAAUUCGAGUAGUCCACGGCUGCAGGGCAGUCCGCCUGUCAUUUGCGAAGAUGCCGCCGUUACAGGCUACAGCAUGGAGGAGCUGCUCGAGCGGCACAUUGAUUUGGCUCGCAAAUGCCCCGUCAUUGGUCAUGACAAUAAUAAUGCUCAGGGCGCUGGCGGCGAUGCUGGUGGUGGUGGCGAUAAUGCAAAUGUCCCAGCUCACUGCCCGCUACUGAUGGAUGUCGGCCAGGACGUUAUGGGCGAGUGCCCGUUCGUUAGCAAUGAGGCGAAGAUUUCGUAUUCCAGUGCGGGCAAGUGUCCGAUCACUCACACAGCAACGCUACCGACGCCGCCACCCGCCUCCGGCGAUGAGCCCGACAAUGCGCCGACGUCGUCCUCCAAGUGUCCAUUUGCGGCGAUGCAUAAGGGCAGUGGACUGGAGGUGCCACCGGAGAAGACGGGUCAUGCCAAAUGCCCCUUUCUGCAGAAGACGGUGCAAAUGUUCGACUAUGCCGAUGAGGAGCAACCGCAGCCACAGCAGCUCAAGCUGCCCGUACUUAUCGAGGAUGUGGACAAUCUGUUUUGCGGUCUCUAUCAGCACGCCUGCCACAGCCGGGACAUCUACGUUAAGGCCAAUCUGCUGGGCCAAACACUGGCCGAGCAGCUCAUCAAGCGUGGUGCACUCGAUGUGAUGAAGCUGGCUCAAGCGGAGAUUCACAGCAAGGUGGGAGCCUGAAACAUCAUCAGCACCAACAGUUCCAACAAUCGGCACUAUCAUCAUCAUUAAAAACCAAUUUAGAUGUACGCAUUAAGUAGAAAAGUGUAACUAGAAAAUUGUGUUCUUCAUUUAAAUUAUGUUUUCGUUACGCGCGGGUUCUGCGUAAAAAAAUUUAUUUUGGGUAACAUCUUAAUUCUACUUAUAAAUCAGAUUGCAUCGUCUCUAGGAUAAUUCAUGACACAACGUACUCUGCUAGACGAACUGCUCUCAAAAUGUUGUUUUUUUUUCUUGUACAUUACAAUGUGCAUAUUGUUUAUGUUAUUAAAUGAAUUACAAGUAAAAAAAA